UUUUUGUGUUCUUUUUAAGUAUUUUUGCCCACUUUUCCGCCAUGCCUGAACCUGCCAAAUCCGCUCCAGCCCCGAAGAAGGGCUCCAAGAAAGCGGUGACUAAAGCACAGAAGAAAGACGGCAAGAAGCGCAAGCGCAGCCGUAAGGAGAGUUACUCGGUUUACGUGUACAAAGUGCUGAAGCAGGUCCACCCCGACACCGGCAUCUCCUCUAAGGCUAUGGGUAUCAUGAACUCCUUUGUCAACGACAUCUUUGAGCGUAUCGCUGGCGAGGCAUCCCGUCUGGCGCAUUACAACAAGCGCUCUACCAUCACCUCCAGAGAGAUCCAGACUGCUGUUCGCUUGCUGCUUCCAGGGGAGUUGGCCAAACACGCCGUGUCCGAAGGCACGAAGGCCGUCACCAAGUACACCAGCUCCAAAUAAAUUUUCAUAUGCAUUUUUAAGCCCAAAGGCUCUUUUCAGAGCCACUCA